UGGACCGAGGAGGAAAAAAUUGACCACCUAGGACAGCAUGUGUCGUUAAGCCUAGGACGGGACAUAAUGGCCAUUGUAGCCGCAAGCCGGUCUUGGAAGGAGACCCGGGAUGUGAUGAUGAGGAAGUACCUAGCGGCAGAGAAAAUGGCAACGAAGGCCGACCUAGCGGCAGUUCAAAGGAAGAACUUCGCAACGUACAAUGAUUUCCUACGGGAAUUUACUCUAGUAGCACUAAGGAUCCCCGGGGUCACAGACCGGAUAAUGAGCAAAUAUUUCCUCAGGCAGUUCUCCGAGUUCGACAAAGACAAGAUCCUGUCAGCUUACCAACAGACGAGCAAGUUCGUAAACACGCGGGAUGUUGAUUUUAGCACGGUAACGGAUCUGGCUGAGAAAACGGUAGUAACGGAGACGUUGGCCUUACUCAAGAAAGGAGAGGUCAUAGAUCUGACCGGUAGGACGGGCGACAAGGUAAAGAAGGGGAUUGAAAGUCUACAUGAACGGGUACACGGGGUCGACAAUAAGAUUGAAAGGAUGGAAGGCGCGCUACUGGUUAUGCAGGCGCAAGUAUCCCGACCCGCUCUCCCUCCCCAGGAAGCUGUGGUUCCGCCAGGUGUAGCCAACCGGGGAUUCGGACGGAGAGAUCCUGCUAACAAGCAAUGCAAGUACUGUACCGCGAUAGGACAUUAUGUGCGCGCGUGCCCAAAACUCAACCAUGAUAUUCUGAAAAGAAGGUGUACCAAGUCAUUAAAGAAGGAGAUAUUUGGACCACAAGGGGAACGGGUGAACUGGAACUCGCCAGGAGGGAUGCGGCGAGCCAUUAUCAUGCUCAACGGGUUAGAAAUAACAGCCGUAGAAGCCGAACCGGUGGGUGAGAUCAUCUGGGAUCAACUCCGGGGGCGCGGACCGCAGACCAACUUUAUUUUGGAAAGCGACGGACGAGAUAGGGUGAACGCAACCACUCGACUGGGAACGGCCGGGAGAAGGAUUAACCGUGAUACCAUUACGGAGGAGGUGGCUGGAAGCUCCAAACCCCAGGCAGAGGCUGAGGCCGAGGAACCAGAGAAAGUCUAUGGGAAGCCUAGGGAAGAGGAGCCUACCGCCGCUAAGAAGAAGCUUAGGUAUCAAAUCCCGAUCUUAACCUUGCCUGAGCUCGACGACACCAUUAGCAAGUUACUAGGAACCAUGAUGUCGAUGUCUUUUCAGACCAUGCUGCAGGCUAGCCCUAGGUUGCUCAAAGGGCUCAGACAACUGUUGACUCGGAGGCGAGUAGAAAUAAGCGACAACCCCGAAUCACCAGAAGGGGAGAGGGAGGAGGAAGCUCCGCAAGAAGUGGCUAACCUACAGAGGAGUUACGGGGCCUUGGAGGAUCUCGAGAAAGCUUUUGCGGACAUUCGUUUAGCUUGCCCGACCGAGAGGGUGGCGAGGAAGCCGGAUCCGGCAAAGACCGACAAGAUAUCACAGUGGCCGACACCGCUGCUCACGACGACGGAGGUAAGGGCAUUCCUAGGCGUAGUCGGCUUUUGGAGGAUCUUCAUUAAGAACUUUGUCAAGAUUGCUGAGCCUAUCCGGGCUAUGAUCGGGGAAGAAGGAACCAUGGAUUGGACGGAGGAGCGAGAAGGAGCUGUCCAAAGGCUCAAGGACAUAUUGACAUCUGAGACAGUCGCCCUGUCCGCGCCUUGUUUUAAUGACGAAGUAGGACGACCCUUCAUCCUGAAGACGGAUGGAGGACCUUUGGCCGUAGGAGGUGUGUUGAUUCAAAGGGAUGAGGGAGGAAAAGAGAGGCCGAAUAGGUUCGAAAGUAGAACCCUGAACUCCGCAGAACGGCGGUACUCGCAAUUCAAGAAGGAAGUCCUAGCCAUCCUGCAUUGCCUUAAGACCUUCCAGGCCGACCUAUUUGGGAGGCGGUUCAUCUUAAGGAUCGAUCCGACGAAUGUUGCAAAGGCCUUAAAGAAUUACAGGCCUAUAGAUCCGAUGGCGGGGAGAUGGGUAGGAUUUAUCUGGCAGUUCGAUUAUAAGAUCGAACGGAAUGCGGAAAUUAAGAACAAGGCUGAUGGGCUGAGCCGGGUCUGCAUCACUCUUGAAAGGGUGGAGGAUGCGGAGCCCAUAGACGCGUUCCUCGAAUACGAAGGAGGAACUCUCGCGGUGGAUAAUGAAAUGAUGAGCGGAGAAUGCACCUCGGGAGAACUAUUGAUCCAGAUUUUGGAGAAGGGGGCACCUGCCGUAGUAGCAGAACUUAGAGAAGGACCAGUCACCACUCGAGGACGCAGAGAAGAGAAGGACUCAUGGGGAGCGAUAGUAGGACCGAAAGAGGAGCUAAUAGCAAUGGCGGUCGAAUGAGGCCGGGAAGCUGUGAUGAGCUUAGUGGAAUCUUGGGAAAGGAAAGAGUUGCGAUGGGUGGAGGCCGAAGAUAAGGAAACAAAGGAGCCACAAGCUA